UAAAUACAAUAGAACAAAAUGUACAAUAAAAAUUGAAAACAAGCACAAGAGGAAUUAACGAAACGAUUUCCAACAGAGAAGACAAAAGCGUAUAGAAACGACAACAAUUAGUAAAAUUCUAAGCACAAAUCGCCUUAAAAAAUCGCGAAGAGAACAAAAUCACUUAUUUACUGUGCCGUCUUCGCUUUUCUUUUAGUUAUUUUACGAUCUCAAAACGAUUCAAAACAUUGCGCACGAUGGACCGGAACAUCGUAAUCAUUUUGUUUUGCUUUGGUUUUUCGAUGAUGCUUUUAGAUUCGGUGUGCAACGCCUACUCAGGUCUCAUACCAGCAGAUCCAGAUAACCCGGGUAAAUGCAUACACCAUGGUGACACUUUGAAAUUGGGCAUUAAUCCGGGGAAUGCACCAUGUCAGCGUUUAACAUGUAACGAAGACGGGUCAAUACUAAUUGAAGGGUGAGCUCAAAUACUUUCUCGUUGCUGAUAUAAACUGCACACUAAUUUAAAGUAUAUCAAAAAUAAAUAUGAUGAAGUCGUGAGUCAGACUUCAGCGCGAAAAUCUAAUUGCUGAUCAUUUGAGAAUUUUAAAAAUUUAAACACGAAAUAAUUAUAAAAUAUGUGACAAUAUUCCAAGUAUUUGAAA